AUGUCAAGGGCGCAGGGGCUGCCCAGGGGGAACCUCGCCGGCCCGGAGCCGCCUCCCAUGCAAAGACAUCCCGAGUCUGAUAUAAGCCACUAUCCCAGGCAACCAGGUAAGCCUCCAGAUCCAGGACAACCUGGUUUAAGUAAAAGCAGAACAGUAGAUGUACUGAAGACAGAACAACGGGCACCUGGACGGAGCCCUUCUUCUAUUAGUCUAAGGGAAUCAAAGUCCAGGACUGAUUUUAAAGAAGACCAGAAGCCAAGUAUGAUGCCCAGUUUUCUUUCAGAAGCCAAUCCACUGAGCGCAGUCACUUCAGUUGUGAACAAAUUCAAUCCUUUUGAUUUGAUAUCAGAUUCAGAUACGGCCCAGGAAGAAGCUGGUAGGAAACAAAAAGCUGCUCAGAAGGAACAUGGGAAACUUGAGGAGCAAAAGGGCCUUGCAAAACAUCCAGCUCAACAGCAGUCUCCAAAGCGGGUAGUUCAGCAACAGGGAACUGUUAAACCUACCCCACAGCAAAUAGAGUCUUCCAAGCCAGUGCCUCAGCAGCAAACUGGGGAACCAAAGCAAAUUCAGAAAACAGGCCCUGGCCACCCAGCAGAUCCGAAGGCAGAACAAACAAAACAGCCAACCCAACCAGGAGGACCACAGAAAUCUCAGUCCCAACAAUUGGAACCAACAAAGCCUGUUCAACAACAGACUGCUACAAAACCUUCAUCAGGUGCAACGAAACCACUGCCACAGCAAGCAGAUAUUUCUCGGACAUCGUCCCCAACACCACCACCCACAAAGGCAUCAUCACAACAACCUGGACCUGUAAAACAACCAUCUCAACAGCCAGCACGGCAAGCAGGUCCUGCAAAACCACCAUCUCAGCAAACGGGGCCUAUGAAACAGCCUCCCCAGCAACCUGGACCUGAAAAGCCAUCUGCUCCACAAACAGGACCUGCAAAACAACCAUCACAACUUGGACCUGGUAAACCACCUGUGCAGCAACUGGGGCCUGUAAAACAAGUGCCACCACAGGCAGGGCCUACAAAACCAUCUCCUCAGACUUCAGGGGCUACAAAGCCCCCAGAACAGCAACUGGGACCUACAAAACCACCAGGCCAGCAACCAGGGCCUGAGAAACCUUUGCAGCAGAAGCAAGGCUCUGCAGCCCAGCCUGCUGAUCCAGCCCCAAAGAAAACGUUUUGUCCUCUUUGCACAACCACUGAACUGCUGCUGCACACUCCAGAAAAGGCCAAUUACAACACGUGCACCCAAUGUCAUACUGUAGUUUGCAGCCUGUGUGGAUUUAAUCCCAAUCCUCAUAUAACAGAGAUUAAAGAAUGGCUCUGUUUAAAUUGCCAGAUGCAAAGAGCAUUAGGUGGUGACCUAGCUCAUGGGCCUGGACCACAGCCACUACCACCCAAACAAAAGACACCCAUUCCUCCUUCAACAGUUAAAUCGUCACUUCAGGCACAGGCAGUUCAAAAGAAAGAUGUUUCUACAAAAUCUGAUCCUUCUCAGCUAGCAGAAUCUAAAAAGCCCCUACCACAGAAGAAGCAACCAUCCAUGCCUGGGUCUCCUCCUGUAAAAUCAAAGCAACAGCGUGCUGAACCUACUGAGACCUCCCAAGAAAAGGACCCUGCUCCAAAGCCUGAUCAGGGUAAGCCAACCCAGGUUGAAGAUAAGCAAAAACAACCCAGUGUAGAGAAGCCUACGACUGAUACUGUGCCUACCUCUGCAGCACCAGGGCUGAAACAGGGCUCAGCAGUUUCCAGACCCCCAUCAACUCCACAGAAGGUGACAGACUCCCCCAAACCAGAGCUUGCGAAGCCAUCGCAAGAUGCUCAUCCGCGUGGGGACAAACCAGAUUCCAAACCGCUACCGCAAGUGUCUCGGCAAAAAUCAGAUCCCAAGCUUGCUUCUCAGCCUGGGCCUAGACCAGAUGCUAAAACUCAAAGGCCUGUUGAGCCAACACAAACGAAAGAGGAUCCUAAGAAGUUACAAACAAAACCAGCUCCAAAGCCUGAGACCAAACCAGGUCCAAAAGGACCACAAGCAGGGGCAGGCCCCAAGCCUGUACCAGCACAGAUAACGCCUCAACCCCAGCAACCUCUGAAACCCCCAGAGCAGCCAAGGCGUUUCAGCCUUAAUCUAGGAGGUAUCACGGAUACCCCUAAGCCUCAGCCUACAACACCCCAAGAAACAGUCACUGGGAAACUUUUUGGAUUUGGAGCUUCAAUCUUUAGCCAGGCCUCAAAUUUGAUUUCCACAGCAGGUCAGCCUGGAACUCAGACAUCAGGUCCUCCUCCACCCAGUCCUGCUGUGAAACAGCCACAGCCCCCAUCACAGCCACCUGCCUCGCAGGCACCUCCAAAAGAGGCUGGUCAGGCUCAGCCUCCUCCAAAAUCUCUUCCUGUAAAGAAAGAAGCGAAACCUCUAAUGGCAGAAAAAUCAGAGCCAACAAAAGUGGGUAGCAUUUUAACCACCAAGGGAUCUGAUUUAGAAAAGAAACCUAGUUUGGCUAAAGAUAGCAAGACGCAGGUUGCUGAUGCUAAAAAACCUCCUGGGCUGUUGGAGCAGGAAAAGGCCAGCCAAGCCCAAAUGUCUUGUCCCCUUUGUAAAACUGGACUCAAUAUUGGUUCUAAGGAUCCUCCCAACUUCAACACGUGUACAGAAUGCAAGAAAGUAGUGUGCAAUCUCUGUGGAUUUAACCCCAUGCCGCAUAUAGCUGAGGUGCAGGAAUGGCUGUGCUUAAACUGCCAGACCCAAAGAGCAAUGUCAGGACAACUUGGGGACAUGGGCAAGGUGCCACUUCCGAAAACUGUCCCUUCACAACCAGUAUCCAAGCCACCGGUUCCUCCGCAGAAACAGCCUGUGCCUACUGCCUCACAUUCCCCUCAGAAGACUUCCACACCAUCCACUCAAACAGCUGAAAAAUUAAGAGAGGAACCAGGCAUUCAGAAGGAUGUUCCAAAACAUCAACAGGGGAGAUUGGAAAAAACAUCGUCAGCUGAUAAAAUCCAACAAGGAAUUCAAAAAGAAGAUGCAAAAGUUAAGCAGAGCAAACUUGCCAAGACACCUUCAGCUGAUAAACUCCAGCGCGUCUCUCAGAAGGAAGACCCAAGACUCCAGCAAGCAAAACUUUCAAAGACACCCUCAUAUGAUAAAAUUUUGCAUGGGGUUCAGAAGGAAGACAUAAAAUUUCAAGAGGCAAAAAUGGCAAAGACAUCUUCAGCUGAUAAAAUUUUGCAAGGACUUCAGAAGGAAGACAUAAAAUUUCAAGAGGCAAAAUUGACAAAGAUACCCUCAGCUGACAAAAUUUUACAUGGAGGUCAGAAAGAAGACCCAAAACUUCAACAAAUGAGAAUAUCAAAGACACUGUCAGCUGACAAAAUCCAAGCUGCAGAUCAAAAGGAAAAUGUGCAGCAGGUGAAAUUGUUAAAGGCAGUUUCAGCUGAUAAAAUUCAACAUGGAAUUCCGAAAGAAGACACAAGACUUCAGGAGGAGAAAAUAGUGAAGACUGCUUCAGUUGACAAAAUCCAGCAUGAACUCCAGAAAGAAGAACCAAAACUUCAGCAGGCAAAACUGUCAAAGACACCUUCAGCAGAUAAAGUUCCUACAAUAGUAAGUUCAGAACAAAAGAAACCUGUAAGCACCUUGGAAGAAGAUAAAAAAUCUCUGCUCCUGGAAAAGAAAGCAUCACAUCCAGAGGACAAAAAAGAGCAAAUUACAGCUGAGGGUAAAGACCAAGUUUCUAAACAGAAAGCAGAAGUUAAAGCACCUCCUAAGGAACUGAAAGCUAAGAAACAAGAGGAUGAUAAAAAAGAGGAUUCAGCCAUUGGAAUUCCACAAAUGGUUUCAAAAGCUGAAAAAGCUCGGGAAGAAGAAAUUCCUGCUCAGACUUCAUCCCUCCCAAGAACUGACCUUGUAGAAGCAGUGAAAGAAAAAACAGAAAAGGAGGAUGAGAAAUCAGAGACAUCAAGUUCUCAGCAACAGAAAAGUCCACAAGGUCUGAGUGACACCGGGUAUUCUUCUGAUGGGAUAUCAAGUUCACUUGGUGAAAUUCCAAGUCAUAUUCCCACUGAUGAAAAGGAAUUACUCAGAGAAGCUAGUAAAAAGGACACUAUCUCACAAGAAAGUCCACCAAGCCCCUCAGAUCUAGCUAAGUUGGAAAGUACCGUCCUGUCUAUUUUGGAGGCUCAGGCAAGUACACUUGCCAAGGAAAAAUCUACAAAACACAAAGAACUUCAUGAAACAUAUGGUGAACAGUCAAAAGAUCAGCAUAAAACAAAGCCUUUGCCAGUUACUCCAGAAUCUUACAGUUCAGACGAGGAAGAUGUUGAAGACAUUCAAAUUGAAGAACCCAUUGCAGAAGAUGGCAAAGAAAGUACUUCCUCAUGGAAAGACUACAAGGAAAAAGAUGGAGAUGAUAUAUUGGCAAGAAGGCAACGCUAUGAUUCUGUGGAAGACAGCAGUGAGAGUGAAAAUUCACCUGUCCCAAGGAGAAAAAGAAGAACUAGUGUUGGUUCUUCAAGCAGUGAUGAAUAUAAGCAAGAUGACAGUCAAGGAUCAGGUGAUGAGGAAGACUUCAUUAGAAAACAGAUUAUAGAGAUGAGUGCUGAUGAAGAUGCCUCAGCUUCUGAAGAUGAUGAAUUUAUUAGGAAUCAGCUCAAAGAGAUCAGUGUUACUGAAAGCCAAAAGAAAGAGGAACUGAAAAGCAAAGCCAAAGGAACAGCUGGAAAACAUAGGAGAAUGGCACGGAAAAGUAGUGCAGGCUAUGACGAGGAUGGAGGAAGACGACAUUCAUGGCAUGAUGAUGAUGAUGAGACUUUUGAUGAAAGUCCAGAACCAAAAUACAGGGAAACUAAGAGUCAAGACAACGAAGAACUUACUAUGACUGGAGGAGGAGGCCUUCGACGGUUCAAAACAAUAGAAUUAAAUAGUACAAUAACCAACAAAUAUUCGGAAGCAUCUGAACAAGAGAAGGGUAUUUUGUAUUUUGAUGAAGAGCCAGAGCUAGAGAUGGAGAGUCUUACAGAUUCUCCAGAAGAUAGAUCUAGAGGGGAAGGGUCUUCUAGUUUGCAUGCUUCUAGUUUCACACCAGGUACAUCUCCUACUUCAGUGUCAUCACUUGAUGAAGAUAGUGACAGCAGUCCAAGUCACAAAAAACUGGGAGGGGAGAGCAAACAACAACGCAAAGCCAGGCAUCGAUCACAUGGUCCUCUUCUUCCAACUAUUGAAGAUUCCUCAGAAGAAGAAGAGCUACGGGAAGAGGAAGAGCUACUAAAGGAACAAGAGAAACAACGUGAGUUAGAGCAGCAACAGAGAAAAAGUUCUAGCAAAAAAUCUAAAAAAGACAAAGAUGAACUGAGAGCUCAGAGAAGAAGGGAGCGUCCAAAGACUCCUCCAAGUAACCUUUCUCCCAUUGAAGAUGCAUCUCCCACAGAAGAAUUACGGCAGGCAGCAGAAAUGGAAGAACUACACAGGUCUUCCUGUUCUGAGUAUUCACCUAGUAUUGAGUCAGAUCCUGAAGGAUUUGAAAUCAGUCCAGAAAAAAUAAUAGAAGUGCAGAAAGUUUACAAAUUGCCUACUGCUGUCUCUCUAUACUCUCCAACAGAUGAGCAACCUAUUGGAAUCCCUAAAGAAGAAAGUGGUCAAAAGACAUUAAAAAGUGCUGAAGAGGUAUAUGAGGAGAUGAUGCACAAGACCCACAAGUCCAAGCCAUUUCAAAUGGCAAAUGAAAAAGAUGAAGUAUUUGAAAAAGAAUCUUUAUAUGGUGGAAUGUUAAUAGAGGAUUAUAUUUAUGAAUCUUUAGUAGAGGAUACUUAUAAUGGAACUAUUGAUACUAAUCUUGUAAUGAGACAGGACGAGAGUAAUGAAUUUGUACAACAGAGAAAAGAGAAAAAAAUAAGAACUUCAGAUCAGCUUUAUGAAGAACCACAAAAAAUUACUGAUCUGCAGAAAGACUACUAUAGUAUAGAGCCUUUGCAUUCAAUUGUGCCUCAAGAAGAUAUCGUUUCCAGUUCUUAUAUAAUCCCAGAAAGUCAUGAAAUAGUUGUAUUAGACAGUGUGGUAACUGCAACCACUGAGGAAAAGCAGUUGCUAGAUGCGGAAGCUGCUUAUGAAGAGCUUAUGAAACGACAGAGAAUGCAGUUAACCCCUGGGUCCAGUCCAACUCAGCCAACUUCAGGUUUCAGUCCUACAUCUGAUACAAAGGUAUCUACUGGUGGAGAAAUAGUGGAUAGUACAUCCCUAACAUCAAGCACUACUUCAGCCAUCUCAGAUAUAUCAUCUGCCAGUAGUGCAGCACUUUCUAUUCCAGAUGUUAAAAUAACACAGCAUUUCACAGCAGAGGAAAUAGAAGAUGAAUACUUAACAGAUUAUGCCAGAGAAAUUCAAGAAAUAAUUUCUCAUGAAACAUCAAUGCUGACAUACUCUGAAGCAUCAGAAAAUGCUGCAUCAGUUUUACCUUCUGAUGCAGCUUCCUUGACAUCAUCUACAUCUUCAGUUUGUACGACAGAUAGUUCAUCACCUAUAGAUAGUGCAACCACAGGUUAUAUAGAUACGACAGAUGCUCUAAGUAAGCUAGGAGAUUCUGAAGAUGUCAGAAUGAUCAUACAAGUUCCUUUAACAUCUGCAGAUGAGUAUUCUGAAGUGAGCACACCUUACACUUCUGUUGCCAGAGACACUAAAAAGCCAGCUCUAGCAUCUGAUACAAAGAGUAUGGAUCAAGCUGUAAUUUCUUUUCCUGAAACUGAACCUUCAGUAGUGGCAACUACAGUCAUAAAGCCCAAGCAAUAUGCAACUGAUUCCACUGCCUUUGGUACUGCCAAAACAGAAAAGGAUGCAGCUAGAAAAAUUAAAAGUACAGUAGAAGCUGGCAUUAUCAAAAUUCAUCAUGAAGAUUCACACAAAAAAAUGGGUCAUGAUAUGACAAGGAUUAACUUAACUGGUUUUACACCUGAGCAACCAUCCGUAUGUAUAGCAUCAGUUGCAGUUACAGAGCCUGCAUCAGCAACAUCUUCUGUACUUCCUCCCAGGGUUGUAAGUAAGACCACCAUGGUCUCUGUGCCUUCCUCAGCUCCUACUGUAACAUCCAAAGUAUUCUCGCUUUUCAGAAGCUCUUCUUUGGAUUCUCCUGCACAACCUUCUCCACCUCCACCUCCUCCUCCACCUCCACCUCCUCCUCCCCCACCAUUGCCUCCACCUAUUUUACCCAAGCCAGCUAUUUAUCCCAAAAAGAAGCCACAGGUUAAGACUCCAGUGACAACAGCUCCCACAGUGGUACCUUCUGUCACAAGUGUUACAACAGUAGAGGCCACAGCUGUUUUAAAGAAUCAUGUGGCACCUAUCACAAAAGCAUACACUCCAACACCACCUCCUGUACCACCCAAACCAUCCUCUAUUCCAGCAGGACUUGUUUUCAGUCACAGGCCCACUGAAAUAACUAAACCUCCAAUUGCUCCUAAACCAGCAGUUCCUCCACUCCCAAUAGCUGUUCAUAAGCCAGCAGAAACACCACCCAAACCAACAGGUUUGUCAUUGACUUCAAGUAUGACUCUCAAUUUGGUCUCUUCAGCUGAAUGCAAAUUAACAUCUCCCACUUCCCCUUUGUCUCCACAUUCUAACAAAUCUUCACCAAGGUUGGCAAAACCCUCACAGGAAACCUAUGUUGUCAUCACAUUGCCUUCUGAGCCUGGCACUCCCACAGAAGCUAUAACUAGUCAGGCUAUUACCAGUUGGCCUGUAGAAAUACCUUCUAAAGAACAGAUUCCCCAACCUGUGCAACCACUGUUCACUCCAUCCAUGAAAGCUAUGGAAAUUCACAGUAUGACAGAUGACAGUAUGUACAUUUCAGGUGCUUUUCAAGCUGUUCCUGUAACAACACAAUCAACUUUUGAAAAAGCACCUAGUUCAAAACCAGAAGUCGUAACAACAGAGGUAGCCAAGACCACAGUGUCUGUUAGGGGCCAGGUGCCCAGUGUUGGUUUAGGUAGUGUCUCUAUUACUAUACCUUCUGAGCCAGUACAUAUAGUAGAUCAACACAGGUACAAAGAGAAUGGAAGAUUCCAUCCUUUGAGUGAUGUCAUUGAUCUUCGCACUUUAAGUAAGAUGGAUAUCGAAAUGAGAGACAGCUGUAUGGAUCUUUCUGCUGUUUCAAUAGAUGCAAGAAGGCAAAUGCCGGCAAGUGAUACAUGUGGGCGGCCAGUGAGUACCGUCCAACCAGCUAUAAUAAAUCUUAGUACUGCAUGUGUUGCAGAUCCUUCUCUCUCUGUAGUCACUGAAGCAGUAACAGUAAUGACCUGCACUGCCACUGUAAGCUACUCUGCCAGUACAGAGAGCCUUGUGGAUUUGGGCCAUGCUAUGACAACUCCACUGCAGUUAACAACAUCAAAGCAUUUUGAGCCUGCAUACAGAGUAACAGGAAGCCAGUCGUUCUCUGCAAGUAGAGAUGAAGUGCCAAUAAAUUUAUCCUUAGAUACUUCAACACAUGCAAUGACAUGGGCUACCACAAAGCCUGUUACUGUACCUCCUGUUGGUGUUACAAAUGGUUGGACUGAUCUCUCCACUUCUCAGGAGCCAAUGGAGAGUGGAGUGGUUGACCUUAGCACCACAAAAUCCCACAGAACAGUAGUAACAAUGAAUGAAACUACUUCAGGUGUCAUAACUACAGUUAUAGAAGAUGAUGAAAAGCCUGUUGAUCUGACUGCAGGAAGAAGAGCUGUUUGCUGUGAUAUGGUUUAUAAAUUGCCAUUUGGAAGGAGCUGUACAGCACAGCAACCUCCAACUACGCUCCCUGAAGAUCGUUUUGGUUACAGAGAUGACCAUUAUCAGUAUGAUCGUUCGGGAUCAUAUGGUUACCGAGGAAUAGGAGGUAUGAAACCAUCCAUGUCCGACACAAAUUUAUCAGAAGCUGGACUGUUUGCAUACAAAAGCAAGAAUAGCUUUGAUUAUCGAGUUGGGGCAACUGAUGCAGCAGUAGAUCUUACUUCUGGAAGAGUUACUACAGGUGAGGUUAUGGAUUACUCAAGCAAGACUACUGGUCCUUAUCCAGAGACUCGACAGGUGAUUUCUGGCAUCGGUAUCAGUACACCACAAUAUUCACAAGCAAGAAUGGUAUCAUCUUUGGGUGCCCCAUACGGUGUUGGAAGUGUUUUAAGAUCAUCCAAUGGUGUUGUUUAUUCUUCAGUAGCGACUCCAAUUCCAUCCACAUUUGCCAUCACUACACAACCUGGCUCUAUUUUCAGUACAACUGUCAGAGAUUUAUCUACUCUUCAAACAAUUGACUCAGUGCCCUCAUUAUCAACCUUGCAACAGAGUCAACCACUCCCAAGAUCAUACAGUUUCUUGACAACAGUGGCAGCUGAAAAAGACAGCACGAUUACUGCCAUUGAUAUUGAGACAGGGCUGCCACCUCUUAGUAUAGAAGCUAUUACCACUGAGCCAACCAACUUGAUACCUGCAUUAACUACAGCAUCUGAAGUUUAUACAAAUGUAAUUGAAGAUGAAGUUGCACUUCUCAUUGCCCCUGAAGAAGGCAAACAGCAGCAACUUGAUUUGGAGCGUGAACUUCUUGAGCUUGAAAAAAUUAAGCAGCAGCGCUUUGCUGAAGAGCUGGAGUGGGAACGUCAGGAAAUUCAAAGGUUUAGGGAACAAGAGAAGCUUAUGGUGCAAAAAAAGCUUGAGGAAUUGCAGUCUAUGAAACACCAUCUCUUGUUUCAGCAAGAGGAGGAACGUCAAGCUCAGUUAAUGAUGAGACAAGAAACAUUAGCUCAGCAGCAACUGCAGCUUGAACAAUUCCAACAGCUUCAACAACAGCUUCACCAACAGCUAGAGGAGCAAAAAAUUCGUCAAAUAUAUCAGUAUGGCUAUGAUCCUUCAGGAACUGGCUCUCCACAAACUACCACAGAUCAAGCACUUUUGGAAGGACAGUAUGCAACAACAGAAAAUGGCCAGUUUUGGCCUACUGAUGAUGCAAUUACUACUGCUUCAGCAGUACUCGGUAUUGAAAUUCCACAAAGCCAAACAUGGUAUACAGUUCAGUCUGAUGGCAUUACCCAAUAUAUACCUAGGCCUGGUAUCCUUAGCUCUGUUUCAGAAAUGUCUCUUAAGGAUAUUGAUAUUAGAGAGGAGAAGCAGCUGAAAAAGAGAAGUUCUAUGCCAAAAUUACGUGGUCAAUAUGAGGAGCUUGAAGAGACUCUGGAAGAAGAACCCAGGUGCUUCAAAAAGAUAGUUGACAGUGGAGUGCAAACUGAUGAUGAAGAUGGGGCAGACAGAGGUUACACAAACAGGAGACGAAGAACUAAGAAAAGCGUUGAUACAAGUGUUCAGACAGAUGAUGAAGAUCAAGAUGAAUGGGAUCUUUCUAGCAGAUCCAGAAGAAAAACUCGUGUAGGAAAAUACAGUGAGAGUACAACUGAGGUAGACAAAACUAAACAAUUCUCCAAAGUGUCUAGUAUUGCAGUUCAGACAGUGGCAGAGAUAUCUGUGCAAACAGAACCUGUAGGGACAAUAAGAACACCUUCAAUUAGGGCCCACUUGGAUGCAAAAGUUGAAAUCAUAAAGCACAUAUCAGCUCCAGAAAAGACAUAUAAAGGAGAAAGUUUAGGAUGUCAAACAGAGACAGAGUCAGAUACACAAAGUCCCCAAUACCUGUCAGCUUCAUCUCCUCAGAAAGAUAAAAAACGCCCAACACCAUUAGAAAUAGGAUACUCAUCCCACCUUCGCCCAGACUCCACAUUACAGGUAGUCCCUUCCCCUCCCAAAUCUCCCAAAGUUCUCUAUUCACCCAUUUCACCUGUUUCACCAAGCAAAGUUAUAGAGUCAGCAUUUGUACCCUAUGAAAAACCCAUCUCUGAUGACAUCAGCCCUCAGAAGAUGCUGCAUGCUGACAUUACCAAGGUUCCUCCAUCAAGCCCAAAGGCAGCAAAGAUGAUGCAACGCUCUUUGUCUGAUCCUAAGCCCCUGAGUCCCACAGCAGAAGACAGUUCCAGAGCUCAGUUUCAGUACACUGAGGGUUUCAUGACAAAAAGUUCUUCAAGCGUAACUCCGUCAGGCACUCAGAAGAAGGUGAAGAGGACUCUGCCCAACCCACCUCCAGAGGAAGCAACAGCAGGAACCCAGUCACCCUAUUCCUCUGCGGGGUCAGUUUCACGCAGAAGGAUUUGCCGGACCAAUACUAUGGCCAGAGCCAAAAUUCUUCAGGAUAUAGACAGGGAACUGGACUUGGUUGAACGGGAAUCAGCCAAGCUUAGGAAGAAGCAAGCAGAGCUAGAUGAGGAGGAAAAGGAAAUAGAUGCCAAACUGAGAUAUUUGGAAAUGGGCAUCAACAGGAGAAAAGAAGCCCUGUUAAAGGAAAGAGAAAAGAGAGAGCGUGCCUAUCUCCAAGGAGUAGCAGAAGAACGUGAUUAUAUGUCAGACAGUGAAGUUAAUAAUACCAGGUCAACCAGAAUAGAAACUCAGCAUGGCUUGGAAAGACCACGUACUGCACCCCAAACAGAAUUUAAUCAAUUUAUGCCACCACAAACCCAGCCAGAAACUCAGUUUGCCCCUGCUACAAGUCCAUAUACUCAGUAUCAGUAUUCAUCUCCCGCCCUACCUACUCAAGCACCAACUCAGUUUACACAACAAUCACAUUACCAACAACAGCAGCCUUUAUAUCACCAGCAGGUUUCACCUUAUCAAACUCAGACAGCUUUCCAAACAGGAGCUACUAUGACAUAUACUCCACAGGCUCAACCUCCUCCAACUCAACAGCCUUCAUAUCAGCUCCCAUCACAGAUGAUGGUGAUACAACCAAAGCCAAGACAAACAACAUUAUAUUUGGAGCCUAAGAUAACCACAAAUUAUGAUGUGAUUCGAAAUCAGCCUCUCAUGAUAACUCCAGUUUCAACUGACAAUAGUUAUGCAGUUUCCCAACUGGGCAGUAAAUACAGUACUUUGGACCUAAGGAUAGGAUUAGAUGAGAGAAGCAGCAUGGCAAGCAGUCCAAUAUCAAGCAUAUCUGCAGAUUCUUUCUAUGCAGACAUAGACCACCACCAUACACCACGGAAUUAUGUAUUGAUUGACGAUAUAGGCGAACUUACUAAAGGAACAGGAACACUUGGUUCGACUUUUAGCCUCCAUGAAAAAGAUUUGACCAAAACAGAUCGAUUACUUCGCACAACAGAGGCCAGGAGAGCACAAGAAGUGUCAGACUUCCUAGCACCACUACAGACUUCUUCUCGGUUACAUUCCUAUGUUAAAACUGAUGAAGACCCAAUGGAAGACCCUUAUGAACUCAAACUUCUCAAACAUCAGAUAAAGCAAGAGUUCCGUAGAGGUGCAGAAAGUCUUGAUCACCUUGCUGGCCUGUCACAGUAUUAUCAUGCAGAUAGCAGCUAUAGGCAUUUCCCCAAAUCUGAGAAAUACAGCAUAGGUAGACUUACCCUUGAGAAGCAAGCUGCUAAGCAGCUACCAGCAGCCCUCCUUUACCAGAAGCAGUCAAAGCACAAGAAGGCUUUGAUAGACCCCAAACUAAGUAAGUUUUCACCUAUCCAAGAAAGCAGAGACCUAGAGCCUGAUUAUUCAAGCUAUAUGACAUCUAGUACUUCAUCACUUGGUGGAAUUACUACUAGGGCAAGGCUUCUUCAGGAUGAUAUCACUUUUGGCCUUAGAAAAAAUAUCACUGACCAACAGAAAUACAUGGGGCCAACACUGGCUUCAUCUAUUGGAGCGAGCCUUGGGACUGCACUAGGUCCAACAAUGAGAUCCACAUUACAAGAUGAAGCUGACAAGUCUUAUAGCAGUGGUAGUAGAUCUAGACCCUCAUCCAGACCAUCCUCAGUUUAUGGACUUGAUUUAUCAUUAAAAAGGGAUUCUUCCAGCUCUUCUUUAAGACUGAAAGCCCAAGAAGCUGAGCCCCUAGAUGUUUCCUUUAGUCACGCAGCACCUUCUGGAAGAGCUAAACCCACCAGUUUACCUAUUAGCCAAAGUAGGGGAAGGAUCCCAAUAGUAGCACAGAACUCGGAGGAAGAGAGCCCACUAAGUCCUGUUGGUCAGCCAAUGGGAAUGGCAAGAGCGGCAGCUGGACCUUUACCACCAAUAUCUGCAGAUACCAGGGACCAAUUUGGAUCAAGCCAUUCUUUACCAGAGGUCCAGCAACAUAUGAGGGAGGAGUCACGGACUCGAGGCUAUGAUCGAGAUAUUGCCUUCAUCAUGGAUGACUUCCAGCAUGCCAUGUCAGACAGUGAAGCCUAUCAUCUCCGUCGUGAAGAAACAGAUUGGUUUGACAAGCCCCGUGAAUCUCGUUUGGAGAAUGGACAUGUCCUCGACAGAAGGCUACCAGAGAAGCUAGCACACUCUCGUCCACCAAGUCAACACCAAGAUCAAAUAAAUGGGAAGCCUCUGCAAUACAUUUUUCCUCAUGCAAGGCUGAAACUACUGAGAGACCCAAAGGAUCACACAGUUUCAGGAAAUGGGAUGGGAAUCCGAGUUGUAGGGGGGAAAGAAAUCCCAGGAAGUAGUGGAGAAGUUGGAGCUUACAUUGCCAAGAUCUUGCCUGGGGGUAAUGCAGAGCAGACGGGAAAGCUGAUAGAAG